CCAGGUCGUCAGCACCUGCACCUAAUCCCCUCUGAAAAGGAAAAACCUCGAUAAAAAAAAGGUGAAAAAUUCGGAAAAUUGAUUAACUACCCUGGAGGGGUAAGGAUCGACCUGAGGGGGUCAGUCGUGCCCCUGAAGAUGAGCAAGGGUCACAAGGACGAGGUUUGCACAUUUGAGACACGAAGAAUAAAGAAGGAGAGAACGGAGCCACAUGAGAAUGGCAGCAGAAUCAUUGUCUCAGGGGGUCAGGAUGCACCUGGUGUUGCACCUGCGAUCAAUGAUCCCCACCAGAGGGUGCCCAAUGGAUUUCACACGUCGGACCUCCUCCAGGACCUAAUCUCCACGAAAUUCAGUGGUGGAAUGAAUUCUAAUCAUGGCAAGCAGGAGAAAAUUCGGAUGAUCAUUGAGGAAGCCAUUGGGGAGGAGUCCAAGGUGAAGGUGCAGGAGGUAUUCCUCAGGGUGGAGCAGCUCAGGGUCGAGGAGAAGCUCCUCCUGUACCUCAAGCUGCCCUCCUGCCUGACCAAUGGCGCAGGGACGGUGGAUCCUCUCCGGCAGCCCCUCAAUCCCCUGGGGAACAGGUACGAAAUUCAUCAGACCAUCAUGUGGAUCAGGACACAUCUCGAGGAGGAUCCUGAUGUCUCGCUGCCCAAGCAAGAGGUGUACGACGAGUACAAUACCUUCUGCCACAUCAACUCGAUGAAACCGUUGAGCACUGCGGAUUUUGGCAAGGUCAUGAAGCAGGUGUAUCCCAGGGUCAGGCCCAGGAGGCUUGGGGUCAGGGGACAGUCGAGGUAUUGUUAUGCUGGCAUGAGGAAGAGGGUGAAACUGGCGGUGCCGGCGUUGCCGAGUGUUAAGGAGAUUCAGGAAGCUGAAGAGUUUGACGAGUCAAUAACCGAGGAGAUGUUGGGAGCAGCUUCGACCUUGAUCAGAGAGUGGGCGGAAGGAGUCCUCGGCCUGAAGUUUCCAAACCUGGCUGCCCUGGCUCGCCACCUCGUCGAGAAUAUUUGUGUCGAUACACAAUCGCUGGCAGCUGUCUGUAUUCUAAGUGCCACUGGUGACGUUCUCCCCUCGACACCAAAAGUUCCAGAGACGCCGCCGAGCCUAUCCGUAACUCCAGUAGCUGGAAAACCCGGAAAGCUUCGUGAGGCCCAACUCCAGCUCCAGAAGAAGCUCCAGCAGCGUGAGCACACACGGGAUCAAAAGCACCAGGGUAAAAUUGAAAAAAUCGACCAAGGUACAACAAAGCCACUCCCCCAAAAAUCCAAAAAACAAAGAACACCAAUUUCUCCAGUUAUAACAACAACCCCAAAAUCCACGCAUCCACCACAGCCUCCAGCUACCUCAAAUCGGUCUAGAAAACUGCCGAGAUCAUCGAAUCAGCAGUCGGUCUCACUACAAUUAAACUGUGAUAAUAAGAAUUCAAUUAACAACGACGAUUUGUCCUUGAAUGGCAUCUCUCCCGUAGACGAUAGGGCCCCAAAGCCGGCCCCAAAAAAUUCCAGAAAACGUCCAAGUCUCGAUGACAAUCAGAAUCCUGAUGCAAGUCCCGAGAAACUCCAGAAAACGGAAAAAUCCCCCAAAACGGAUGAUAAAGUUCUCCAGAAUUGCAAAAACACAAGAGCCCCUGGAAAAAUUUCUGUGGUAGCUCCAAAUAUAUUGAAAUCGAAACUCCAAAAAAUCGAUCUUGACACAUUGAAGCCUCUCCAGCCCUCGAGAAAGACGAAUGGCAAAGCUCCAGCAGAGGCUCCAGAGGUCUUAAUAAAGGACGAAAUCUCACUCCUGGAGAACUCAAAACUCUGUACAAUAGAUCCAGGUGCUCUAGACGACUACUUGAACGGGGGCAACAAUUCUCAGGAACCAGAGGAGGAGCUUCUCCAGUAUUUCCAGCAGUCGAGUUCCUCCAGCUCAGACGCUGAGGUUCCAAUACCAGAGAUACCACUGCCAUCGAGAUCAGACAAGGUGUCACAAUUGCGUUUGAUUCUCCAGCAGAAUCUCAAAAAUUCCACUAUUCCAGGGCCCUCCAGCGAGCUUCCAGGUGAGACCCCAAGGGCCCUGAACUGUCAGCAAGCCCUGGAGCAGGGCCUUGAGGCCCAAAAGGAGGAGAAGAUCUUGCCAUCGUUGUUGAGCCAAACAAACCACUCCAGGAGGCGUGUGAGCUUCGAGACAAAUGUCAUUGAGCAUUCUCCUGUAGUGACCUUGCCAACAAUCCCUCAGUCCCCAAACACACGGAGAAGAAUCUUCAACUUCACUCCAAUAUCACCAGGCCCUCACUCACCCAUUAACAUAACGCCUAAUGGUCGUGCAGCAUCAAAGCCAAAUUCAGCUAAUGCAUCGCCAUUUGUCUCUCCUCGAAAUACUCCAGUGCCACGUUCCAGAAGUACAAUGGCGCCCUGUCGUUCCUCCAGAUCCUCCAGUAAUGGGCCCAAUAUCAUUCAGAAGCCCUUCAACAGAUCUGCCAGCUGCUCAGCGAGCUAUUCAUCCAGAAAUGACGACACGACAUUCGUCGUUCCAACGUCUGGAACAUCUGGAAUUUCUGGAAAGUCCUCAGCUGAGGUUCAAGUGGGGCCAGCUGGUAAGGCCCUCUGCUCGACCUUCCUCUCCAGUGACCUCAAUCCCCAGAAACAAUUGUUGAUCAAUUAUCCUAGUCAGGAGAAUCUCCAGGAGAUCAAGAAUAUCCAUAAAAGGGCCAAACCCGAUGAUCAGGAGAUCAGUGAUUAUUUCAAUGGUGUUAAAGCUCAUUUUGGAGAUAAUUUCUCCAGAUCGCAGUCUGUUCCACUUCACAGAAUGGUUAAUCCCACAUUGAUGUCACCUAUAUCGUUGACAUCAACUCCCUAUCCAGGGCUCUAUCAUUUCAAUGCCUCCAGUUGUUCGUCAGUGGCACCGACUCCAGUCCCAAGUGAAUUCAAUGAUUUUGGGUCCACUUGCUUGCUGGACGAAGUUGACGCUAAUUUCAUGGGUGAGGAUCAGGGGUUCCUCAUGGAGGAUAAGGAAAUCUCCAGUGAAAAUAUCACGAAAAUUCUGGAUCUACUGGACGAGGAUUCUGGAAAGGGCCUCAACAUCAUGGACAAUGGGUCUGACGACAUUAUUACGGGUUCUGGAAUAAUGCUGGAUAGCCAGGGGGAGGGGCUAGGGUUGAAUACAGGGAUAGGGGAGGCUUCACUGGAGCAGGAUCAGGUGGAGGAGAUUCAGAGGAGCAUUAGCACGAGGAGUUAUCCGAAUACUCCAUUGUCUGGAGGCAGUCAGAUUCUGGUGGAUGUCACUGCUGGCGUUGCUGGAGGGGGCGUGGCUUAUCCUGGAGGUUAUGAUGACAGCAGUGGGUCAAGGUCAUUCCCGAAUACACCGCAGGUUUAUAGGGAGAGCAAUGAGCCUAUGCUGUCGAGUCCCACUUUGAACUCGUUGAAUCUUAGGGGUGAGAGUAGGGGGAGUGGUAGGGGAGUCAGUGAUCUGCUGGAGACGAAUUUUCUGGAGGCUGAGGGGGGCGAGGAGGAGCUGGAUCCACUGGAGAAUUUCGAGGGGGAGUUCCAGGAUGACGAGGUACUGGGACCAUUGUUUAUUGGGGUGGAUGGUAAUCGUUGAGGACAGCCAGUGUAA